UGAGUCGAUAACCCCACAGACUAACAGAGGCUUCAUUUUCAUCCAGGCAGCAGUCCUAUGUCUUCUCUUCCUGAAUCUUUUGGCCAAAACCAGCCUGGUGAGCUCACCAGGGGGUCAAGGGUGGAACAUCAAAGCAAAUGACCCUUGCAUUGUCCCUUAGGUGUUGGGAGAUGAACAGCCAUCCAAAACCAUUGUACUCUUUCCUGCUUGUAUGCAGGCAGGCUUUUCCUGAAUUCAACUGAUGUAUCCAUGCCAUAAACCCCCUUAGACACUGUAUUCAUAAUAAACAAACAGAUGCUCCAUUUCCAUCAGCCGAGGGAAUAAAUUCCUUCCUUUCUGCACACUUGCCCUUGUUCAGAGAGCAAAGGAUGCAACAUGCAUCCUUUGCAAAGCAAAUACAGGCUUUUUUCUCACCAGAGUGAAAUGUCACCCUGGGGACAGCGAUCAACUUGACAGUUGGAUGAGUAGACAGCAGAUUUCUUUCUCCAAUGCUUUCAGUCUAGUACCUUUUACCAGCAUUAAAUGCACAAGGUACAGGACAGAUUGCAAGCUCUGUGAUGCAGGGAUCCCAGUCAUGACCUGUAACUUUCUACAGCAUCAAGCACGGUCCGGCCCUUCUGUGCUGAUGCCUCUUGGCGUCACUCCAUCACAGUAACUUAUUUGAGUUAAUUCACCAGCUCUCCAUGCAAGGAUAGAGAACAUGCUUCUAUUUAUCAAGCUUAGGAUUUUCAAAGAAGCUUUAUGUAGACUGAAGGUUUUUUUCCUCCCAAACACGAGCUUAAAUACAUAGAGAGAAACAGACAAUACCUUAAAGUACCUCCACCAUCAAAUUUCCCUUCAAAAAAAGUUAAAUAAUAGGGCAAGUCUAUUUUGCUUCUAAUUACUUAUACUUCUGUUCCUGCUUGAAGAAUUAAAGGCUACAGUGCUGUUCUGUUUGGGCUUUAGGUAGUGCAGAGAAGCAUUUUAAAUAUUCCAUAUGUAUAAUUCAUGCUUUAUUUUGAUUUUGAUUGCAGGAUCAGGUCCCUAGAGUGUACCAGAGAUUUACAUGAGUAGCUUCUCCUCUGUUUAGUCCCACUCAACCUAAUGGAAUUAUUCCCAUUAGUAAGUCCAUCUCUAUACAGCUAGUCCCAUUAAAGGUACCACCUAAAUCCAAAAAAACUUUUGCUUCUCACAUUAGUAGAGUAUUUGCAGGAGUGGAACCACUCAAUCUUUGCUCAAUAUGAGACGUUUGUUGGGAGCUGUCACUCAAAAUAGAAAAAUGAAAUAUAUAUGCUGCUCAUUCUAGGUUCUGUGAAGGGAAGGAGGAGUAUUUAAGCGACAGACAGUGUUUUCUACCAGAAUAGCAUAUUCCACAGCAGCAUGGACGAGAACCUUGAAGAUACAACCUGCAGCAACAUCAGAUCAAUUGCCAAGGAUCUGACCAACUUAGUGACUUGGGCGCACACUCAUGGAACAAUAUGCAAUCAAAUCCCAGCCUUGGAAAUUGUACAGGGCAUGGACCGGCCCACCAGGGACAAUUCUGUUCUAUGGAUAUGUGUCACUGGACAUGCCUAUCACUGGCGCUGCGGCAGGGCACUGUACUUCAGAAGCAGGGAGGAAAGCGUAGAACAGAAGAAGAGGCCCCAAACCUCUGAUUCCUGCUCAACAGAGCACAAUUUAAGCAAAAAGAGAUACAGGGUAAGCUCACUGAAAGCCGAUUCUGAGAGCACAGGAUGCCACAGCAGAUCUCCAGGGAUAGCUCAAAAGAAAGAAGCCAAUAUGUGCUUCAUAGCAUGUGAUAUAGCAGUGCCACCAGAAAACCAGAGUGGACUUAUUCCUCUGAAAGACAGCAACUCCACAAGACCGCGCUGCACCGCAGAGCAGAACAUGCUAUUAAUGGCUAGCCGUGCCACAACCGACCAAGGUACCGGGCUGACAAAAAGCAUGGAGGACCUGCAAGACAUCUCUGAUGAGGAACAGUUUGAAGCAGAGGAAGGACCCAAAAUAAAUUGGAAUAUUCUUUCAGACACACAGAAUAAAGAAGACUUGGCUGAGUAUGAACUGCAAGUGCAAGGCGAUAGGAACAGAGGGAGUAGCCAGGAUACGGCCACCCAGACAUCUAUUUCUGUCUGCAAAGGGAAGGCUGUGACGACCCCCUUUUUACAAGAGAUUUUAGAACGCAGCAGUCCAGAGAGCCUGGAAAACCACUGCUUGAAUUUAAUUGUUCCUCCUCCUGCUAAGUCCAGAAGCAAAACCUCUGGAGCAGGGAAUCCCUCUGAAUCAGCAGUGUCUAAAGAGCAGUUAACAGCAACUCCCAUCCCCAGCAUGGAAACUAGGGCCCCGUUUGAGCCCCCUGUAUUUAGAGCUUUCCGUGACUCUGCACCACCUGGCGUGGUCCACCAGCUGUGCCCUUCUGAGCACGCUACGUCGGGGACGGGGUUAGUCGGGAAUGCUGCCGAAACACCGGGCGGGGAAAGCAAACAGUCAGGAUCCCAGACCGCAGCAAGUGCUUUAGCUUCACCUGCUCCAGAGAAUGAAAGCGCCAAGGACGGCUUGCCUGCACCUUCAAACAAAAAGGUAGUGAGGAAGUCAGAGAGCAAGAGAAUCCGUAACAUCAGCGACAUAAAAAUGUUCAGAGACUGGCUGGCAUUACAUUACCCCUCUGAAAAGCGGGAGAUCUUCACGCUGCCGCCAGAAGCCCUCGAUAAUUACCUAGCCUCGUUCUACACUAACGUCAGGAAGCAGAACGGCGCCGAGUUCUCGGCCAGCUCCUUAUUCUUCUUCCAGAGCAGUAUAGAGAGGUACCUCAAGGAACACAAGUACGAGUAUAGCGUGGUGAAAGGCUUUGAAUUCGCAGCAUCUCAGGAAGCCUUAAAAGUGAAAGGCCAGCAACUAGCACAAAAAGAGAGGGAGAGAGACUGGAGUAUCCUGGAAAACCUGACAGAUAGAGACGUCGAGGAUCUUCGCAAGAAAGGCAUACUCAGCCGAAUGCAUCCUGAAGGAUUCCUGCACUUAAUGCUUGUAAACAUUGUUAGAGGUUUCGGGGCAAACACGCACCAUCAGACCCAGAAUCUGUGGUGGGGGCAGGUUUUAUUGAAAAAGAACAAGGAGGGAGUAGAGUACUUGGAGUGGAAAGAGAAUCUGAAUGCAAAGGCAAAUCCAGAGGAGUCAGGUCUAUGCAUAUAUGCCAAGCCUGAUAAUCCAGGCAGUUGUCCUGUCUGGGACUAUAAGGAGUACGCUAGGAGGAGGCCUUUGGAUAUGUUUCACGAUCAUGAUCCAUUUUACCUCUCUCCUAAACCUUUGUGCUCCAUAUGGGACCAAAUCUGGUACUGUAGAAAAUCACUGACCAAAACCAAAAUGGAAAAAAUGAUGAAAGUCAUCAUCCAGCAAGUUAAAGGAUCUGAAAAGAGGUCCACCAAGUAAGAGGGUCAGUUUGAUUUCUGCAUCCCUAUUUUGGGAGAAGUUUUUUUUGGUCCAGUAAUUUUAGAAUCGUUUAACAUGGCAGCACUUAGUAUAGGUAGACAGAAACAGCUCCUUUCCUCGGAGUUUGGCAUAAUGACUUUAAAUUGGCUUUAAAAUUACCAUCACCUUCAUUUUCCGAUGAAGUGUAGGGCUUCCAUCAAUAGCAAGAGCCAGAGCAGAAUGCAUUAUUCAACACACAAUGCAAGCAUGAAACAUAAUCCCAGAUUUAAACCAUUAAUGUUCUGCUGAAUUAUUAGCUCAGUGCCUCAGAGAGUAAUGUUUAUGUUAACAGGGCCCAUAUUUGAACAAUAUGGCUAAGAAUUACAGGUAUGUGCGGUUUAGGGAGGGCUGGAACUGACCCAAUUAUAAACUGUAUUUAGCAGCAGUCUUGUGUAACAUCUCCUUUUAUAAGGAAAAGCUAAGUAGGUGGAGUUGGCUUGGGGAAGGAGGGGAAGUGAUGAAAUACCAUCAAUGGUUGCCACAUACUAAUCUAUAGCUAUUCAGAGUGUUUUAAACAGUGUUCAAAUUAAUUCUCUCUCUCUUUUCUUUUUCUAAGAGGGGGAAGGAAUCUUAGAUUUACUUCGUUCUGUGUUUUAGGAAGUUACCAAAGCCAGCGAAAUGUUUUCUAACAAAAGCUAUUUCCUUCAGUCUAGCAGUUCUUGUUUUAGGAGAUUAUAGCCAAUGCUUUGAUUUAUUCAGAGUUCUUCAAUGUCUGUAUUUUCUUAAAGUCCGGUUACAAUUGUUGGAUUGCUGGCAUCUCUUAAUAAAUUCAGUUUGACUUGAUCAGCAUCGGCCUCCCCAGAGAAGGUGAAAUCAGUAGCCCAGAGCUGGCAAUCAGGUGGACCAAAAGACUUGCCUGUUCACUCCCACUGCUCCCAUCACAUUUCCACUAAGAUGAUCAACCACAGACUUGUCUUCAAGUGGGUCCCAUUUGCACUGCAGAGCAGAUCAUGCAGCUGGAACCCUUUGUGGGAAGCCCUCCUGAGACUCCAGAAACCUAAGAUCUCUAUGGGUCACUCCUUUGGUAGGGUCCAGUCCCCUCCACAGCAGCAUUUAAACUGUAGAUCUCAAGAAUCCUUUACAAAGGAUAAAGUGAGCAUUGCUCUCCCCAUCAACAAGGCACAGACAGCUGAACUUCCUCAGCUAAGUGCCUAGAAGAUCUUAGCUUGCCUUUCCUGCACUUCAUGGUGUUAUCGCAAAAGCCUGAAUCGGAGCAAUCUGUCACCAAUUUGGGGCACUGUGUGUGUCCCAAUGAUGCACAGACACACAUGCACAUAUAGGUUCUGGGUAAGAGGCAGCGUGAGCAGGGACCGUUGCCAAACCGAUCUGCAAGCCACAUGAAAUCCAAAAAAGUCAACCCUUUCCCUGGCGGAUUGGGUUUUAUUAAUAAAGAACAAAACAACAUGAUAACAAUCAGCCUUAAUCCCUUUUUUUCAGGCCUGGUUGCUUAGUGCACACCCUAGAACAGCGAUUCUCAGCCCUUGAGAUCCUUUAAAGGGUGUCAAGAAGCCCUAGAAGAUAAGCAGAAAAGCUAAGCAGAUAGGCACAGGCUCAGACUUGUCCCUGCCUGGCACAUCCCCUACAUCCACUGUCUGGCCCCUCCGCAAACAGGUCAGCAUUGCACUAUAUAAAGUUAGCAUUUGAAAUGGGGUGCCACUCCACUCACACAUGGUCAAAGACCCACUCCCUUAAAACCUCCCCGCCUAAAGAUCACCUCUUGCCUCCCUUAUAGUCAGAUAAAGUAGGCAGCAGAGCCCAGUUAACCUUUUAGGAGCCAAAAACACGGCUACAAAAAACAGAUCCCUGAAAUAUCAGCAUGGGUUGUUAUGAGAGGAACCUGCUCAGCAGACAGUUAACAGACAACUUUGAGCAAGGCUUCUGGAAAGACCAGCCCACAGGCCAGGAAAAGAAGUGCCUCAGGCAAGAUGCACUUCAACCUUGCUUUCCCAAACUAAAGGCACAGCAGCCUCUACAUAUUAACCCACCCAAGGGCUCUAGUCCAGUUUCACUCCUGGGCACAGGAUGGAAGAAAAUGAUGCAUACCUGACAGGUUAACACCCUGCUGCUAGGUGCUCGGGUAUCACGGCAAUGAAGGUGAUGCAAAUGCUUCUAUAACCUAAGGAGAGGUCUAGAAGUUCUAAAGAUAAGGAGAGCAGCACCAGUUCCUCUAACAAGCUUUGUGCCUCAUUCCCUAGCCUGCUUGGACUGAGGGCUCAGGUGCAGCCUGUUUGUACAGGACUUGUCAGCGCAUUGCAUUUUUUCACAUCCCCGUGGUGCUCCUAAGCUAAAAAUCUAGUUAAGUGCACUUUGCCUGCCUGGGUAGCAUUCUGCCUAGAUUUCCUAAGUGAGGGAUCUUCAAGGGUUUCAUUGCUACUUGGCACAGAGCAAAUAAACGGGAGAGCCAUUUCAUGUGCAGAAGCAGCAAGACACUCAACACCAGCAGUGAAGCAGCGCUAGCAGUCCUGCGGCUUCUCAUGGCUCAAAUUGGACUAGUAGCUGCAAGCUGCUCCUUAGCCUGGCUAAGUGCAGAUGGGCCCUUCCAGGGAUGCAGCUGGCCACCGAGCUGGCAUGGUCAGAAGUAUUCAGCACAUGUUCUCGCAUUGAAAUGCAACCAGAGGAAAAGUGUCCAAUGUAAUUGUGUCUCAAACAGGCUCGGCAUCAAUAUAGAGAGACCCCUCAACUGCCAGCCUUUCCUCUGCAAGAUGAGAUCCAGCAACCAA